CUGUCCCCAGAGACACUUUCUAAAACCACCCAGAGCGGGGUGUGAGGGAGGAGCUGUCACUUGUACUAAGUGGGCGGGACUUAGAAGGCCACCUGUCCUCACAGAAAGAAAGUGGGGAGACACACCCCAGACCACACAUCUGUGCCAGCAUGGAGGUCCACCAGUCCCUGCUGCUCUUGCUAGCUCUGGAGAUGCUGUGGGCAGCAGGUAACACAUUUGAGACCCACAUCAUUGGGGGUCAAGAGGCAGUUCCACACUCUCGCCCGUACAUGGCCUCUCUACAGAAAUCAGGGUCCCAUGUGUGCGGAGGAGUUCUCGUGCAUCUAAAGUGGGUGUUGACGGCUGCCCACUGCCUGUCCGAACCGGUACAGCAGCUGAAGCUGGUGCUAGGCCUGCACCACCUCCAUGACUUGCGAGAUCCGGGCCUCACCUUCCACAUCAAGGCAGCCAUCAAGCAUCCUGGCUACAAUGACAACUAUGAAAACGACCUGGCGCUGUUAAAGCUGGAUGGACGGUUGCGGCCCAGCAGGAAUGUCCAGCCGCUGGCUCUGCCCAGAAAGAACCAAGCCAGGCCGGCAGAAGGUGCUCAGUGCAGCACCGCUGGCUGGGGAAGGACCCACCAAGGUGGGCCUUUAGCCCGCGCCCUGCAGGAGUUGGAGCUGCGUGUCCUGGACACCCGCAUGUGUAACAACAGCCGCUUCUGGAACGGUGCCCUCGAGGAGGGCAUGCUGUGCUUGGCGGCGGCAGCCAGGAACCAGGCGCCCUGCAAGGGCGACUCCGGAGGACCCCUGGUGUGUGGCAGAGGCCAGGUGGAUGGGAUCCUGUCUUUCAGCUCCAAAAGCUGCACAGACAUCUUCAAGCCCCCUGUGGCCACCGCUGUAGCCCCCUACAUCCCCUGGAUCAGGAAGGUCAUCCGUCGUUGGCCUGAUGACCAGGACACGCUCGCUGACUAGGGUGGGGAGGGACUAGGUGUACCUCUGAGGACCAAUAAAUGAUGAUGUAUCUGUUAAAUCCAGCCCUGUCUGCCUCUGACCUCCGUAAGCCUCCGUUUUCUGGUGGCUAACACCGGCCUGCCUGCUGGGUGCCAAGGCAAGAACAAUGGCAACAGGUCUGCCAGCAGGGGGCGCCAGCUGCCCUCUGCAGCUCUCCCAUGAGCUGGCGAGAUGGGGAGGCUCC